UACGACAAGAGAGCUGUUGAGUAUCUCGUUUUAACCCACGCGCCGGUUAAGUACGAAUAUCCUCGUACGCAUGUGGACCCCAAAGAUAAUUGUGCGGAACGCUGGCGUAUAUGUUAUCGCGCAGCUCCGAGAUAAAGGUUGUCGUACGUCACAGUAUCAAGAAAUGUCCGUGUGAUGUAUCAUUCGUGUCAGUAAUUGUAACAAAUGUGAAAGGUGUCGCAAAUAUAGUCUAACAUGGCAUCACUGCUAGGAUGCUGGAAGCUAAACCUGUUCCAGUAAGCAAACGUCGCUGACAUGACGAAACGUGUGGGUCGCGUGGUGAGGUUAUGCGGCAACAACCUGUUGUGUUGUGGUGGUGGAUAAAUAAGCAGUGUGAAACAGUGACAGUGCUGUGGCUGAGACAAGCGUUGUGACGGUGCUUGGUAACCAGGGUGAGCGUGUUCAAAAGUAGCGUAAACGCCGGAUGGCAGUAGGCGUGAUUGUGCUUUCUAUUGUGAGGGUAUGAAGUGACAAGCUGGCAUACCCUUUAGGCCUGUGUGUCUGCGAGACAGGCGUCCUGGAUCACGGCGUGGGCGGCUGCGUGGACACGGGGCUUGGUUCCCGGAAGCCCCCGGUGCCUGGCGUCCCGCCACCCCCAGGUAUUCUAGGGGGUGGCGGAGGCGGCACAGGAGCAACAACUAACGUCAUGGGUGAAGUGCCAACUCCAAAGAGGCAGGCUGUGUUUGACAGGUUAAGGAGACGCAUAGAGAAUUAUCGCCGUAGACAAAACGACUGCGUGCCGCGAUUCGAUCAGUGUUUCAAUGGUGUUGUUGAGCAGAAUAUGCAGGAGACACUUAUACUGAAACAACGGUUUCUGGAAACCAAAACUAAACGAGCUGCAAAGAAGACCGAGAAGAAACAAGACAUGGGCCUGCAGAACAGUUUGCACACGUUCCUACGCACGGGCCACACAUCGCCGCAAACAGCCGGCGCGCACAGCCCUGAGGUUCCACACCAGCGACAAGAGUUUGGCGUAAAAAAGGUUUUCUGUCAGCAGCAGAAGUUCCUGAAGCGGACGGCGGAGGAGCUGGAGGCGGGCGGCGGCGCGGGCGACGGCGGCGGCUUCGGCGAGCCGGCCGCCAAGGGGGGCGGCGGCGCGCCCGCUGCCGAGCCGCUCACCAAGUUCUCCGUCGAGAUCGUGCAGCAGCUCGAGUUUAGCGCCGGCCCGGGCACCGGCACCGGCAACAUCUCCACCAACGUCACCGUCAAGGCGGCCGCCGCCACAGUCAAGAGCACCGGCUCGGGGGCGCCUGGGGGCGGCGGUGGUGGCGGAGUCGCCGGCGGCGGGGGCGGGGGCGCGGCCCCGGGGGCGGACCCUGCGGGUGCCGCCACGACCGCGACGCCGUCGCCCAAGCCAGCGGCGCAGCCGCCUCCCGACCUCGGUGCGCUCGUGGAGUGCAAACAGGAGCAGAUGGACAGUGAGUUCGUGGACUUGGAGCAAUGCGCCGCCGCGCUGGAGAAGGACGCCAACGGCGGCGUCACCUUCCCCGGCCUGUCCGACCUCAUCGGCGACGACACCAGCGACGAGAUCAUCACCUCCGAUGCCUUCAACGACCUCAUCUCCGAGAUUUCCGACUUCCACUCGGAGUUUAUGAAGGAGUUCGAUUUCGACGACCGAGGCGGUAGCGGAGGCGGUGCAGGCGGCGGUGGGGGUGGCGGCGGUGCCGGUGGUGGUGAUGCGGGGGCGGGUCGCGAGGACGACAAGACGGGCGUGCUGACGGCGCCGCAGGCUCAGCAGCAGGUGAGUCCUCAGCAACGUGUGUUGCGCUCCACCUUCUGUCCGUCUGUCUUGUGUCUUGAUAAUGACAAGGGGUUUGUGCGUAUUUCUGCUGUUGCUCACAUCCAUUCCAAAAAUACCAACCGAGGUUGUGCUCUGGAACCCCAUUCGAGAGGAGAGGCGUUCUUAUGCUUUCCAACCAUGCACGGAUUUCCAAAUCCUAUGGGGAUAAUGUAGGACAAUUUCAAUAGUACUACGACUGAUCACUUCCCCAUCCUUUUCAAGCUGAAAUAUUCGAGAACUCGUCGUCCAUGAGGGAAUCGAAUGCUUAGUAACGUACCUUACUUCGUCAUUUCCAUUUAUCUUCUCCCAUGCUUCUUUCUCCACCCGCCUAUUACAUAAUUUUACCUCUAGUAAUUCCUUAACUAAAUCAUCUGGCCAUAAGUAUCUGGAGAUCCCAUUGUAAUACGGAUAUGACCACUAGGUUUCACGAGAGGCGAACCCACCAGUAUAGAAGGAGGUGGGGGGAGCAUUGUGAGGAGACAAGCAGUAACAGCAGAAUAGAACGGUCAGCACGGCUCAGUCGCUUCGAACGUGUCAGGGGACAUUUCAGCCUUUCUGAAUCCGCGCAAGUCGGUUACAGGACCUCAUAUGCUGACGAACAGGAACCGUCGAGUAAUGCGAAAGGUAGUUUCAAAAAAGCGCAUAAAAUCAACGAAAGAAAUGAUUCGUGUGUUCUGGAGUGAUACCAGCUGUCCAGCUAACAUAACGACUGUCCGUAGGAAGCAAAAAAGGGUGGGACACAGUGGUCGAGCUGCUCCACAUAAGCCAUAGACCCCUGUAGUCAGUUCUAGGCGAUGGGUAUAAAAAGCGUCGCCACUGGUUAGUGGACGACUGGAAACCAAUGAUCUGGAGUGAUGAUUCACGCUGCACUUUGUCACAAUCCGGUAGAAGGGUUUGGGUUUGACGAAUGCUUGCAGAACGCUACCUACCAUCGUUCAUAGUGCCAACAAUGAAGUAGUGUUACGGUGUGGGGGUGCCUUUGUGGUUAGGAUGUGGUUUCCUUAUUGCGCUUAAGAAAAUGUUAAAUAUGGAAGGAUAUGAACACAUUUUAGAGCAUUCUGUACUGCGCACAGAAGGGGAACAGUUCGGAGACGCUGAUUUUUUGUAUCAGAAUGACAGUACACCCUGUCAUGAAGCAGAAUCCGUGCGACAAUGAUUUUUGGACAAUAACAGCUCUGAAACGGACUGGCCUGCCCCGAGUCCCGAUGAACACAGUGGACCAACUUUGAGCUGAGUUAGAACGUCGAUUUCGCUGCAAUCACCGGCGUCCGUCAAUAUCUACUCUGGUUUCAGCCUCGAGGAAGAAUUAACAGACACCUCACUGAGUGUCUUCAGCAGAGGUCGAGACGCCAUUAACGUUCACUAAUAUGUGUCCCUAUACUUUUAAUCAGAUAGUGUGUACUUUCGCCGUGACACGUACACCGGAUUUAUUCAUUUGCC